UAUAUAAAGAAGGACGAUGACGAGCGGUGACCAACGCCAUCGUAACAGCUCACAUACUGGACCGUUGGGUUGUUCUUCGAGACCCACUCUGACUCGCUGGGUUGACUCGCUCGAGUUUGGUGGGUUCUGACUCGCCCGCGGACGGAUCUCGAUUUUCUCCCAGCAAAGGGCAUUGUAUCACAAUGAAGGCGCUGAUUCUGGUUGGAGGGUUUGGAACAAGGUUGAGGCCAUUGACACUUAGUGUUCCCAAGCCUCUUGUUGAUUUUGCUAACAAGCCCAUGAUUUUGCAUCAGAUAGAGGCUCUAAAGGCCAUUGGCGUCAGUGAAGUGGUUCUAGCUAUCAAUUACCAGCCAGAAGUGAUGUUGAAUUUCUUGAAAGAUUUUGAGGAAAAACUUGGCAUCAAAAUCACUUGUUCUCAAGAAACUGAACCACUGGGAACUGCAGGCCCCUUGGCACUUGCCAGGGAUAAGCUGAUAGAUGACUCAGGAGAGCCAUUUUUUGUUCUCAAUAGUGAUGUUAUCAGUGAGUAUCCGCUUAAAGAAAUGAUUGAAUUUCACAAAGCCCAUGGAGGAGAGGCUUCCAUAAUGGUGACAAAGGUUGAUGAGCCAUCAAAAUAUGGUGUGGUUGUGAUGGAGGAGACUACUGGGCAGGUUGAGAAAUUUGUAGAGAAACCAAAGUUGUUUGUUGGUAACAAAAUUAAUGCUGGAAUCUACUUAUUGAACCCCUCAGUUUUGGAUCGAAUUGAGCUGAGGCCCACUUCUAUCGAGAAAGAGGUGUUUCCAAAGAUUGCAGCAGAGAAAAAGCUAUAUGCAAUGGUUCUGCCAGGAUUCUGGAUGGACAUUGGACAGCCAAGGGACUAUAUUUCUGGCCUGAGACUUUACCUGGACUCACUGAGGAAAAAGAAUCCUUCUAAAUUGGCCAGUGGUCCUCACAUUGUGGGGAAUGUCAUUGUGCAUGAGACUGCCAAAAUUGGCGAGGGAUGUCUCAUUGGACCGGAUGUUGCAAUUGGUCCUGGCUGUAUUGUUGAGUCAGGUGUCAGGCUUUCACGCUGCACAGUCAUGCGAGGAGUUCGGAUUAAAAAGCAUACUUGCAUAUCCAGUAGUAUCAUUGGCUGGCACUCCACUGUUGGGCAAUGGGCUCGUGUGGAGAAUAUGACUAUCCUUGGAGAAGAUGUCCAUGUUUCUGAUGAAGUUUACAGCAAUGGUGGUGUAGUUUUGCCCCACAAGGAGAUCAAGUCAAACAUUCUGAAGCCAGAGAUAGUCAUGUGAGGUUACUGUCUUAAAUUCUUUGCAUGUAUUAGGAGGUAGUAAGUUCUUGAUUCCGAAAUGAGUUUGUUUUUUUAAUUUGGUUUCUUUUUUUCUUGCAUCCCAAUGCUUUUCUCUUUGCUACAUAUUGUACAAGUCAGUUUCGAUUAGAACUGAGUGAUGCCAUAAUUUACAAUGUCGAAAGGUCUAUGUAUUUGUAAAGGGUAUAAACUUGGAUACUGUCUCUAAGUCGUGUAAUCUCCAGUGUUAUGUAUAGAAAUUAAGUUAUUUAUA